UACACACGUGUACAUACACUGUUACAGCGGAGCUGGGGAAGAAACUUUCGUAGCGCUGUGCACAAUAGCAACUAGUGGCCGUAAUGAGACUUUGCUGCUGUUGCGCUUUGCAUUUGACUGCGCUCCGUUGUGCUGCACACACGUAACGCAAUUAUAACGGCAUCAGUUUACCCACUCUCACACACGCACACACAUACACACACGCGCGCAUUCAUGCAAAAGUGAAGUGAAAAAAGUGCUACACUUACUAUAAAUAGACGCAGUUUUAUUUUAUGCAUAAAUGCAUAAAUGAUGUUUUAAGAUGAUUAACCGAUCGUUACGUCAGAAGGGCAGCCACAGCAUGCCGUACGAGUCGAUGCACCAUCAUCAGUCGGCGGCCGCUGCCGUGGCCGCCGGCGUAGCGCCAAAUAGCAUGCUGGACUCGCUUAGCAUGCAGCUGCGCGAUGCGGAAAUGCGGCGCACCGAGAUCGAGCGGGCACAUCAGGAAACUCUGGCACAAAUACGCAAUUUAAGCGGAUGCGCUCGACCCGACACCGAGGCGGUGGAGAAUCUGCAGUCGCGUGCUCGUGAGCUGGAAAAGAAGGUGGCGCUGGAGAACGUGCGCUGCGAGGAGCUGCAGAUCGAGCUAACCGCCGCGCUUAAAGCCAAGGCAGGGCGGCCCAGUAACCAGAACAUGGCCAAUUGCCCCCCAACAUCAACCGCAGCAUCGCAACAUGGCCAAUAUCCAUGCUCAAGUAUACCAACUUCUGCGAGCAGUUCCACCGUCACAUGGGCACCGACAAUCAGCCACCAGGACCAAGGCUCCGAGAUCGAUAUAAUAAUGGCCAAGAUUGAGCAGGACAAUCGCGUUUUGGCCGAGUUGGAGCAACCGCGCACCUCGGCCAGCGCCAGCAUGUCAGCCUUGCAAAACAUGCCGCCCAGCUCCAUGAUGAAUACGGGAAACAGCGAAUUUAGAACCAUAUCAAAGAGUGAACUUGAAGAAGAACUGAAUCGAUACAAACGCGCCGUAUUGGGCGGCGCAUCGGGUGGCGGAGUUUCCGCUCUAUCGUCCGGCUACUCGAGCCUGCCGCAAUCGCUGGCCUCCACGCUGGGCAACGGAGCUAGCACCAGCCUGAGCGGCACGAGCGUUGGCUCGCAGAGCGCUGCUGCCGCCGCCGCGGCGGGUGUUAGUGGUGGCGGUGGUGGUGUUGGCGGCGCUGGUGGCUUAUCAUCCAUAUCGGCCCUGAUGCCCAACUCAAUCAGCGGCAUAUCCUCGAGUCUGAGCAGUCAUGCCCUGCAAUCAAUGAACGCGUCUGCCUACGGCGGCGGCCAGACCUCCGUUGAGAAGCUGCUGAGCGGAACUAGUGGAAUAACUGGCAUUCCACCAUUGCCGGUAAAUAUUCACACGAUGAAGGCUAUGCCAACGGCAUUAAGUCAGCGCGGAACAAUACAACUGUACAAUUUACAGAGCACAACCAUGCCCCUCCUGUCACUCAACUCGCAUAAUCUGCCGCCUGGCGGCUCAACCAGCUACUCGGCCCUGGGCCUGAGCGGCGGCAGCGGCGUAGUCGGCUCCUCGCUGACCCAUCCCACCAUGAGCAACAUCAACAUGCUCGACACGAGCGCCCUGCUUGGCCUCGGACCGGCCGGCGGUGGCAUCACGGGAGCCACAUCUCUCUACGGUCUGAGUGGUGGUGCCACCGGUGCCCUAGGCAGCGCAUACGGCCCGCCGUUUAUGGAUGCUGCAUCGAGCGCCUCGUAUCCAUUCACGUCGGCCGCACUGCGCCAGGCUACCAAGAUGAAAAUGCUGGACGAGAUUGAUAUUCCUUUGACGCGCUACGGCAAUCGCAGCUCACCGUGCUCGCCCAUUCCCGUGGGCCACAGCAGCUGGGGCCUGGACGAGUUCACCGAUGGCCUGGGCACCUCCCUCAUGCACAAUCGCAGCGGCCUGGCGCUGGGCGCCCUUGACCUGGACACUCGCAAUCAUGGGCUGAACGGCGCCAGCGAGCCGCAGGUUGACAUGUUGGACAUACCGGGCAAGGGACGCUGUUGCGUCUUCAUUGCGCGCUUUCCCUACGAUCCGCCAGAGGAAGCUGAGGGCGAGCUGUCGCUCUGCGCCGGCGACUAUCUGCUGGUGUGGACUAGCGGUGAGCCGCAGGGUGGCUAUCUGGAUGCUGAGCUCUUGGAUGGACGACGCGGCUUAGUGCCCGCUUCGUUUGUGCAGCGACUUGUGGGCGACGAUUUGCUGGAGUUCCAUCAGGCGGUGUUGUCCACGUUGCGCGACGCCGAAGAUGGCUCCAUGCAGUGCGACACAACGUCGCUGCCUUCCUUGCCGCCGCACAACCCAUUGCUCACACACACGCACGAGGAACUGGCACGUUUGAGUGAGACGCACACCGAUCUGGAGCACGACCAGGACGACAUUAGCGAUAAUGUUCCAGCUCCGAAGCACUUGACGCUGGAACGGCAGCUUAACAAGAGCGUGCUCAUUGGCUGGUCGCCACCGGAGCCGGUGGGCUACAAUCUGAUUGACAGCUAUCACGUCUAUGUAGAUGGUGUGCUCAAGGUCACGGUGAAGGCCAACGAACGCACACGCGCUCUGAUUGAGGGCGUCGACUCCACGCGGCCGCAUCGCAUCAGCGUGCGGAGCGUUACGCAAACCCGUCAGACGUCCAGGGACGCCGCCUGCACAAUGAUCAUUGGGCGAGACACUUCGCACUUGGGCCCCUCGGCGGUGCGCGCCUCGCACAUAACGUGUUCCUCGGCGGUUAUCUCAUGGCUGCCAGCCAACUCCAACCACCAGCACGUGGUGUGUGUGAACAAUGUGGAGGUGCGCACCGUCAAGCCGGGCAUGUAUAGGCACACAAUAACCGGGCUCGCGCCCAGCACCCAAUACCGGGUGACUGUGCGCGCCAAGCACUUGCGUGCGGUUGGCCAGCAGACGCCGCAGGCACCGGGCCGACCCGGCCAGGAGGAAGCACCCGGCGCCUAUGCCGAUUUUCGCACACUGACCAAAGGCUUGCCUGAUCCCCCACAAGACAUCCAAUUGGAGGCUGGUCCUCAGGAUGGCACCAUUCUGGUGACAUGGCAGCCGGUUAACCGACCCACGUCCACGGGGCCCGUAACCGGCUACGCUGUGUACGCCGAUGGUAAGAAGGUGACCGACAUCAACUCACCUACGGGCGAUCAUGCACUCAUCGACAUCGGCAAGCUGGGCGUCUUCAAUCCCCGGGCCGUCACCAUACGCACCAAAUCUCGCGAUUCACAGUCGGCGGACAGUGCACCCAUCUUAAUACCAAACAACGUGCGCAAUGCUGUCGCUCGCCGGGGACCAAAUCAAAUGGGCAUGGGUCCGCAGCUGCCACAGCAGGGCCUCCACGGCAUGCCCAUGCAGCAGCACCAGGGCAUGCCCGGACAGCAGCCGCACAUGGGCGUCGGCCAGCAGGAUCACACGCAGUACGAUCCCAACCAGAUGCAGCAGCAGCAGCCGGGCCAGCUGCCGAACCAGCAGCCGGGUCAGGCCCAGCCGGGUCAUCAGCCCGACGGAAGCUCCGGCUUGUUAGGUGGCCUGCUCGGUGGCCUCUUCUCGAAACCCACACAGAGUCAAGUGAACCAGAAUGGCUAUCCGCCGACUGCACCACAGCGCGGCAUGGUGCCAGGACGACCCCAGGGACCACAGCAGCAGCAGCAACAGCAACAACAACAGCUGCAGCAGCAGCAGUACGGAGCACAGGGAGCACGCUUUCGUGGCCCAGUGCCGGGCCAGAUGCAAGGUCAGAUGCACGGCAUGCAGGGUCAAAUGGCCGGGCAAAUGCAGGGUCAGAUGCCUGGCCAAAUGUCCGGGCAGAUGCAGGGGCACAUGCAAGGUCAGAUGCAGGGUCAGAUGCAGGGUCAAAUGGCGGGCCAAAUGCCUGGCCAAAUGCCGGGCCAAGUGCAGGGUCCGCGUGGUGCACUCACCCAGCAACAGCAACAACAGCAGCAGCAGCAACAGCAGCAGGCGCAGCAGGGUCAAAUGCUGCCCGGUCAGCAAGCGGGUCAGCAGCAGCAGCAGCAAAUGCCCGGGGCGCAGAAGAAGCCGCGCUACUUUGUGGCCAUGUUCGACUACGAUCCAUCCACAAUGAGUCCUAAUCCAGAUGGUUGCGACGAAGAGCUGCCCUUCCAAGAGGGCGACACAAUCAAGGUGUUUGGUGAUAAGGACGCCGACGGCUUCUAUUGGGGCGAGCUGCGCGGCCGUCGCGGCUACGUGCCGCACAACAUGGUCAGCGAGGUGGAGGACACCACUGCCCAGAUGACCGGCGGGCAACCAACUGCAGGGGGCACCGGCCAGGUGAUGCCCGGCCAGAAUGCGCCGCAGCAGAGCAUGCGCAACGUGAGCCGCGAUCGCUGGGGCGACAUCUAUGCGAAUAUGCCCGUGAAGCGAAUGGUCGCCCUCUACGACUACGAUCCCCAGGAGCUAAGUCCGAAUGUGGAUGCCGAGCAAGUGGAAUUAUGUUUCAAGACGGGUGAGGUCAUACUCGUUUAUGGUGAUAUGGAUGAAGAUGGUUUCUACAUGGGCGAACUGGACGGUGUUCGGGGCUUGGUGCCAUCCAAUUUUCUGGCCGAUGCGCCCGAUCAGUACAACAAUCAAAUGGGACCUGGCGGCGCCGCCGGGCGUGGCAGUCUCGCUCAACGGGGCAGGGGUCAGGGGCCCGGGGCCAGGGGACCGCCGCCGCCGCCCCGCGACAACAUGAUGCCCGGCGUGGCUGGGCAGCGUGGCGCACAAGGCAAAAAUGCUCGCCCUGCUUCCCCUACACUGUUAGACAACACGGGCCACCCUGCCCCCGAUCACCAAACGCAGAUGAUCGGUCGCGUUGGUAAUGUUGGCAUGCAGCAGCAACAACUCCAGCAGCAGCAGCAACAGCAACAACAGCAACAACCUUAUGGUCAGCAACAGACGCAAAUGGGACAACAGCAGCAGCAGCAGCAACAACAACAGCAACAGCAACAAAUGGGCAUGGGACAAAGUGGAAUGAUGGGAAUGGGCCAACAGCCGAUGGGCAUGAUGGGCGGACAGACGCAGCAACAGCAGCAAAUGGGACAACAGAUGGGCGGCAUGGGCGGCAUGGGUCAAAUGGGACAGAUGGGACAAAUGGGACAAAUGGGACAGAUGGGACAAAUGGGAAUGGGUCAGCAGCAGCAACAGGUGCCUGUGACGACGCAGGCGCCAACAGGCGGACUCUUCUCGGGGGCAACUAGCCUGCUCUCUGGUGCUACUUCGGCUGCCACCGGUGGUCUAUUUGGUUCGAAGCAACCGCCCAAAACGGAUCCAAUGCAACCACCUGGUGGUGCGCAGCCAACGCAGCAACAAGCAAACGCCUUCGGUGCCCAGCAGAUGACUCCAGGCAUGCAGCAGCCCGGGAUGCAGCAACAGCCCGGCAUGCAACAACAGCCCGGCAUGCAACAACAACAACAACAAGUGCCACCGCAAGCCCAGCCGCCGCCCCAAGGACCGGGCGCCGGUCUGCUGGGCGGCCUCAAGGGCAUCGCAGCAGCGGCGCCCGGCGGCGACGUCCUGUCGAAAGGCAAAGAUCUGUUUGGUAAAUUCGGGUUCGGCUUUGGCAAAUAACCCUGGUCAUUCCAUAGGGUCCUGUUAUAUUAUUCGUAGAUUAGAUCUAUUAUUAUGAUUAUGCUAUUGAUUACGAUUACUAAGCUAAUAUAUACAUAUAUGUAUAUAUAUACAUAUACGUAUACACAAUUAUACAAAGAUAAAGUUAAAAGAAAAGUGAAAAUGGAAAUGGAAAUGGAAAUGGAAACAAAUCAAAGAAUCCCCCAGUCCACUGUGAGUCUGUGUAAAUGAUGUUGUACUGUUGAUAUGAUGAAUGCAACUAAUAGAGCUAAUGAUAUUUUUUAUUAAUACAAUUGAUAGAAAUAUUGAUAAUACUAAAAAGCUAAACACAGACAGGGACAACAUCUACCAGGAGAAAAUGCAUAAAUUGUUGUAUAAUUGAUUUAAUAUAUUAACAAAUUUCCAAUUUAAAUAAAUUGCUAGCAAAGAUAAUGAAAUUGAGAUAUAUAUAUAUGAAUUGAAAAUACAAACAGAUGAAAAAUAGAUAAAUGCAUGAAGAGCUCCAUUGCGACUUCACAUACACCAACAGACACCCACACACACACAACCACACACACACUUAUAUAUACAUCUAAUAAGGCAAAUGAUA